AUGUUCUUGGCAGCCCUGUCAUUCAGCUUCAUUACUAAGGCACUAGGUGGAGUCAUUAUGAAAAGUUCCAUCACUCAAAUAGAAAGGAGAUUUGACAUAUCCUCUUCUACUGCUGGUAUAAUUGAUGGAGGCUUUGAAAUUGGAAAUUUGUUUGUUAUUGUAUUUGUAAGUUACUAUGGAUCCAAAUUACACAGACCCAAGAUAAUUGGAAUUGGUUCUUUCAUUAUGGGAAUUGGAAGUAUUUUGACUGCUUUGCCACAUUUCUUCAUGGGAUAUUAUAGGUAUUCUAAAGAAACCUAUAUUAAUCCAUCAGAGAAUUCAACAUCAAGCUUACCAACCUGUCUAAUUAGUCAAACUUUAUCUCACAAUAGAACAUCACCUGAGAUACUCGAAAAAGGUUGUGAAAAGGAAUCUGGGUCUUACAUGUGGAUAUAUGUCCUAAUGGGUAAUAUGCUUCGUGGAAUAGGAGAAACCCCCAUAAUGCCACUGGGGAUUUCUUAUAUUGAUGACUUUGCUAAAGAAGGACAUUCUUCUUUUUAUUUGGGUACUUUGCAUUCAGUAGCAAUGAUUGGUCCAAUAAUUGCCUUUGUAUUGACAUCUCAGUUUGCUAAAAUGUACGUGGAUAUUGGAUUUGUAGAUCUGAGCAGUAUCAAAAUAACUCCUAAGGACUCUCGUUGGGUUGGUGCUUGGUGGCUUAGUUUUUUUGUGUCUGGACUAUUAUCUAUUAUUUCUUCCAUACCAUUCUUUUUCCUGCCCAAACAUAUAAAUAAGCCACAGGAAAAACGGAAAGUUUCAAUAUCUUUGCCUGUGCUCAAAACAAAUGAAGAAAAGAAUCAAACAGCUAAUUUGACCAAUGAUAGGCCAAAUGUUACUAAAAAUGUGACUGGUUUGUUCCAGUCCUUAAAAAGCAUCCUUACCAAUCCUCUAUAUGUUAUAUUCUUGAUUUUGGCAUUGCUACAGAUAAGCAGCCAUAUUGGUUCUUUUACUUACAUCUUCAAAUAUGUAGAGCAACAGUAUGGUUAUUCAGCAUCCCAGGCUAACAUGUUGUUGGGAAUCAUAACCAUACCUACUGUUGCAAGUGGAAUGUUUUUAGGAGGAUAUAUCACUAAAAAAUUCAAAUUCACCAUGAUUGGAAUUGCCAAAUUAUCAUUUUUUACUACAGCAAUAUCCUUUCUAUUUCAGCUAUCAUAUUUUGCUGUAAUAUGUGAAAGCAAAUCAGUUGCUGGCCUAACCUUGACCUAUGAUGGAAAUAAUCCAGUGACAUCUCAUAUAGAUGUACCACUUUCUAAUUGCAACUCACACUGCAAUUGUGAUGAAAGUCAAUGGGAACCAGUCUGUGGGAACAAUGGAAUAACUUACGUGUCACCUUGUCUAGCAGGAUGCAAAUCUUCAAGUGGCGAUAAAAAGCCUAUCGUGUUUUAUAACUGUAGUUGUGUGGAAGUAACUGGUUUCCAGAACAAAAAUUACUCAGCUCACUUGGGUGAAUGCCCAAGAGAUGAUACUUGUACAAAAAAAUUUUAUGGCUAUGUAGCAGCACAAGUCUUGAAUGUUUUUGCCUCUGCAGUAGGAAGCACCUCACAUAUCAUGCUGAUUGUCAAAAAUGUUCAACCUGAACUGAAGUCACUUGCAAUGGGUUUUCACACACUGAUAAUACGAGCACUAGGAGGAAUUCUAGCUCCAAUAUACUUUGGGGCUGUGAUUGAUAAAACAUGUAUGAAGUGGUCUGUCACAAGCUGUGGGAAACGAGGGUCUUGUAGAGUAUAUAAUUCCAGAUUAUUUGGAAUGUACUUUCUGGGCUUGUGUACAGGCUUAAAAAUCCCACCACUUCUUUUAUAUAUUGUGUUAAUUUUUGCCAUGAAGAAAAAAUAUGAAGGGAAAGAUACCAAGGCAUCAGAAAAUGAAAGAAAAGCCGUGGAUGAAACAAACUUAGAACCCUUAAAUAAUAAUGGACUGCUUGUAGUUUCUGAUGGAGCAGACAGUAAAAUGCAUAUUUAA